AUGACUCUUGCCAAGCAAGCUGUACGCCACGAGGAGAAAAGGGUCAGGUCGGAGACACCCGAGAGUGACCGAGUCGAGAACAAAGAGGGAAGCAGGUUGAGGCCGAGGAAACCACUUGGUGAUCAAGGGACGUACAGCGAAAAGAUUGGCUAUCUUGGAGAGAAAUGCAUAUUUGACCUUUUUAGCCUGCACAACCUACCCAACUGGUCCGGUGAGACAAACUGGACCAGCAGUCUACGCAGCCUUCAAAAUCUGUUUGAAGAUUUCCCAAUCCACCAAGAGAAGCACCACGCUGAUUUCACCUAUCACGACACAACGGGGGCAAUGCGUGAAGCGCUCCGUCAAGAGGGGUUGGAAAACUACGAGGGUGAUGCGAACAAUGUCUACAUACUGGUCAGGGUGUUUGAUAUGCGAGAGCGUCAUGGGGGGUUGAGGUGGUUUCCCUAGCCUCGGCGGAGGGAGAAUUGAAGUUAAAAGUGCCGAAAGAGGGCUAUUAUGAGGUUACGACGAAGAAUACCUACGUGUAAGGUAGUGGUGUUUUGUUGUUUGGCAGCAAGCACUGGACAAAAUACCUGGCUGCAUGCCAUGGAAAAGUAUAAUG